AUGGGAAUUAUUGUCCCCGUUGAGAACUCUGAAGAAUGCAGUGUGGCUCGUAUAUACUAUUUACCGCAUCAUUGUGUCAUGAGGCAGGACAAGUCUACUACAAAAUUGAGAAUUGUAUACAGUGGCUCUGCUAAGAUGAACCGUCCAUCAUUGAAUAUUUGCCUCCAUAUAGGACCUUUAUUGCAUGAAAAGGUUUUUGACAUCCUUUUGCAAUUUAGGACACGGCUUAUUGCUAUUGUGGCUGAUGUAGAGAAAACCUUUCUUAUGAUUCAGGUGGCAGAAGUAAAUCGAGAUGUUUUGCGUCAUCUGUGGUAUAAAGAUGUUUCUUGUGAGAAUCGUUUGCUUCAGAUUUAUAAGUUCACGGACGUGGUGUUUGGUGUAGCCCAUUUGAGUCGAGGUGUCUAG